AUGGUUAAAUCGAUUAUCCUCAUCGUGUCUACCCCACAUUCCACACACUGCCCACCUUCACGCAUAAGGAACUGUAAUUUAACUGACGAAAAUUAUUUUUCUUCCUUGUUGCACUCCAGUGGCGAAUACGAAGUGGCUGUUAUAUAUUUCCGUGCUGGUUACGAACCUGAUCACUAUCCAACACAAGAUGAGUGGGAUGCACGUUAUAUGAUGGAGUGUUCACGUGCGAUUAAAUGCCCAUCAAUACACUAUCAUUUGGCUGGUACGAAGAAAGUUCAACAAGCGCUUGCACAACCCGAAAUGUUGGAGCGAUUUAUAAGUGAUCCAGAGAAGAUAAAAGCUAUAGGACAAAUCUUCACCGGCCUCUACUCGCUGGACGAUUCUGAAGUAGGUAAUGCCUCCUACGAAAUGGCAUUAAAAGAACCAGAAAAAUUUGUACUGAAGCCACAGCGUGAAGGUGGUGGUAACAAUGUGUAUGGUGUUGACAUUCCAGAUGCGCUGAGGAAAAUGAGUCGCGUUGAACGUGCCGCCUGGAUACUUAUGGAUCUCAUUCAGCCACCGAUUUCGCAGGGCUAUAUGAUACGACCAGGUGGUAAAUCGCCGCCCGAAAUUGUGGAUCUCGUGUCGGAGCUGGGCAUUUUCGGCGUCAUACUAGGUGAUGUAGAUAAUGUAAUAUGCAAUUACCAAGCGGGUCAUAUGCUGCGCACGAAACUCUCGACAGCAAACGAGGGCGGUGUGGCAGCCGGACUAGGUGCUUUGGAUAGUCCAUAUUUGCUGGAUUAGCGUUUUAACAAUUAAGUUUUGGAGUGUAAAAAAUUUGUAGUACCUUUGGUUCGGUGAAAACUGUUUUAAUUUGCAAUUUUUGAAUAAUGACACUAUUUAAAUUUGUUAAUUUUUUUUUUUAUUAAUAUUUACCAACAUCAUGUGAAUUUGAAACAACUAUUUUUAAAUUGCACUUUUUUUUAGACUAAAAAUUUUGAUUAAAUUUUUUAAUCAUUUCUUUUUUCACACACACAUGCAACACACGCUACUAUCAUGUAAUAUUAUAUAUAUCAGGCAAUAUUAUAUAUAUCAUGCAAUAUUGUACCCUUAUAUAUAUAUAUCAUAUAUAAUUGGCGCUUUGUAACCGCUGAAGCGAUUUUCCGCCGAUUCCGAUUUUUUUAUAUAUAUACACAUAUAAAUAAAAGA